CGCCACCCAUCACCACGAUGGCAGUCCAUGCCGAAGACGAAUAACUAAUCCAUUUCAUUCAAUCUGCAUUUUAUUAUUUUUCUCGAGAUAUUGCGUAGAUUUUAAUAGAAUUUCAUCCUCGAGACGUUGUAUUUUGAAACAGUAUUUCAAACUCUGAAUUAUGACUUCCGACAACAGCGGUACAUCCAAAUUUAAAUCGUUUGUUUCCGAAACAGAACUCGAAGAAAGAAGAAAGAGGCGUCAGGAAGAAUGGGAGAAAGUGCGAAGGCCCGAUCAACCUUUAUUAUGUCCCGAAGAAGAAUAUGAUCCUAAAUCUUUAUACGAACGCUUGCAAGAACAGAAAGACAAGAAACAAGCAGAAUACGAAGAAGCACAUCGUUUAAAGAAUCUGAUAAGAGGACUCGAUGAUGAUGAAGUGGCAUUUCUCGAAUUAGUAGAUAAAACAAAAAUGGAGAUUGAAUCAAAACGUUUAAAAGAAGAUAUGAAAGAAAUUCAGGAAUAUCGAAAAGCUGUCGCCAGUUUAUCAGAUGAAGCCGAAAGUACAAAGUUAAAAGAGAUCAAGAAGUUAGUCAGCGGCCAGAGCAGUUCUGGAUCUUCAAAAAGACAAACAGAUCUUUCAAAAGCCAUAAAAAGAAAAGGCACCGAGAAUGCUUCUCAAGCAAAAAAAUUAAAGACAGACGAAACAGAGCAAAAAGAUGAAAAAGAUGUUACUCCAGAGCAAACUACAAGUAGCACAAAAGAUGCCGAUAGUUCUACGGUAGAAGACGCCACGGAGAGUUCGUUUAAUACCAGAAACGAAGAAAACGCAGAGGAAUCGGUAGCUUCCAAACCAAAUAACGGAUACAAUACCAAACCAACCGAACAGUACACAAUCACGUCCAGUUUACGGAGUAUCGGAAUUCUGCCGGGUCUGGGCGCAUACUCAGAUUCGAGCGACUCCGACAAAUCAUCAAGCAGCGACAUCGAUCAGGACAACGUCUGUUACGAUCUCGUCGGCCGCCGAUUACUUCGAAGUUCGAGAUCGCACAAUCACUCUUAAUUCUAUAUAGCAUUUACAUUGUAAACAAAUCUCGAUAGUAAAUUAAACGUUUUAAAAAAUAUA